CGCGGUGGGAACAAAAAAUGGUUACAGGCUGUUUUCUGUGACUUCAGUGGACAGACUGGACCGCGUCCAUGAAAGCACAGUUCAUUUCCUAGCAGUUGACGAAAAGGACACUAGGGGGCAGACGACACCCAGAACUGAUGCACACACAGCCCCCUGCACGGACACCAUUUUGAAAAAGCCUUUGGCAACAGAAAGCCCAGACGUGUACAUCGUGGAGAGGCUCUUCUCCAGCAGUCUGGUGGUUGUGGUCAGCCUCUCCAUGCCUCGCCGUAUGAACGUCUACCACUUCAAGAAAGGGACGGAGAUCUGCAACUACAGCUACUCCAACAACAUCCUGGCUGUGCGUUUGAACCGCCAGAGACUGAUUGUCUGUCUGGAGGAAUCCAUCUACAUACACAAUAUAAAGGACAUGAAGUUAUUGAAAACUCUACUCAAUACGCCAGUAAACCCUACAGGCUUGUGUGCACUUUCCAUUAACCAUUCCCACUCGUACCUGGCUUACCCUGGCAGCUCAGUUAUCGGGGAGAUUAUAGUGUACGAUGCUAAUAACUUGAGCACAGUGACCAUGAUUCCGGCCCAUGACAGCCCACUCGCUGCUAUAACCUUCAGCUCUUCAGGAACUAAACUGUCCAGCGCUUCCGAGAGGGGCACAGUCAUCCGAGUCUUCUCCGUUCCAGAGGGUCUAAAACUCUUCGAGUUCCGCAGAGGGAUGAAGAGGUACGUUAGCAUCAGCUCUCUCUCGUUCAGCACGGAUGCUCAGUUCCUCUGUGCCUCCAGCAACACGGAGACUGUGCACAUCUUCAAACUGGAGCAGCACAGCCACAGCAGCUGGGAUGAGGAGUCUCCCACCUGGUCUGCCUAUGUAGGGAAGGUGUUUUCCGCUGCCAGUAACUACCUCCCGGCGCAGGUGUCAGACAUGAUGAACCAGGACCGCGCCUUCGCCACAGUGAGGCUCAACGUCUUCGGACAGAAGAACGUCUGCGCUCUCUCCACGAUUCAGAAGCUGCCCCGCCUGCUGGUCGCCUCUGCGGACGGACACCUCUACAUCUACAACGUGGACCCGCAGGAUGGGGGCGAGUGUGUGCUGGUGAAGAAGCACAGGUUGUUUGGCUCGGACGAGGAGGAAGAGGAGGCUUCAGAGAGCGAAGUGACCACUGCCCCGGUCAGCCAGUCGUACGCUGCUACGGUGGCAAUGCCCACUACCGUGCCUUCCUCUUCAGCGGUGACAGCUUAUUCGGAGGACGGAGGAGCGAAGAAAGGCGAGAUGAUUCCGGAACAUGAAUUCGCAGCCAGCCCUGUGUGUCUGGAUGACGAGAAUGAGUUCCCUCCAAUAAAUUCGUGCCGUGGCGGGAGUCGGAGUGGACAGGGGAGGAGGACGUGAGGUUAAACGAAAGUUGGCGUCGGUCACUGCGCAACGGGGGCUAAGCCUGAAGUCUGAAGAGUGGCUAUGCAUGAGUCAAAAAAAAAAUAUUCCAGGGUGCUAUAUUUAAAAAAACUAAAAAAACAAAAAAAAAAACACUCAAGUCUUUAUCUGACCGCGAUUUGGUCAAUCAGCUCAACAUGAGACGGGUGUGUUAUAUUAGGAGGUGCAUGACUCCACUAACAAGAACUGAGUUGUAAUCAGAUGUAAAGAGUUACUUGAACAAUUGUUCUUAAUUUGUAGAAACUUUAGAUGUAUGUAAUGUAGUUUUAAUCUUUGCAGUUGUUACUCUCCAUGUUUUCCUUCCAUGUGUACUUGUGUGUGCGCUAAUAAGGGUCUAGUCCAAUAUAUUGACAGAUUUGUGUAUGUGCCUGUAACAUUACGUAACCAUGCAAAAGUGUUUUGCAAAGAAGUUGCACAAAACCAAAAAAAAAAAGUAAAUUAUACUUUUUAUUUUAUUAGAGC